AUGUUCAUCAACAAUGAUGAAUCAAAUCAUCCAGCUACUCUUGAUUAUAACUCAUUGUUAACCAUGGCUACACGCGCAUCAUUAUCAUUGUCAGCAAUAACACUUCUUCAACAACGUCAAGAAAUACCUCAUGAUGCAGAUCAAACACGCUACAAAGUUCAAUACAUAAAUGCCAAUGGACAGUACACAUACUUAUGCUCAGAUCAUCCUGUAUUCAGAGCCUUUCUUAGAGCCUAUAAUUCUCAUGAAGAUAUUGUUUUAUCUCCUGAUGAUAUUUGGCUUAUGAUUUGUAUCUAUUUUUCCAAAUACAUCAAUGAGAAUAGUGAAAAAUUGCGCACAAUAUUUGUUGAUCACGAUGGCAAGAAAAUAUUGACAAUUUUUCAAACAGAUAUGGUCGAACCUGAUUGGGACGAUUUUCUUGAAAAGAUGCGUCUAUUAAUGCGUAACAAUGUGAAAAAUGAUGUUAUCGAUAUACUUACCUCGAAUUUUUCGACAACAACCAAAGUUGAAUCAUUACUUUCAUGUGUUGCUAUUAUGGAUACAUUCAAACAAUACUUUGAAUAUCGAUGUGUAAUAACAAAAUGUGGCAUUCGUAAUGUACACUUCAUGGGCACCUUAGACGACUGGAAAUUGUUGCGUCAUAAAACUGAACAAUUACAAAAUUUUACAACGUCUAGAAAUGAUAGUUUUGCUACUUAUAUUCAAGGAUUAUUGCCCAUCAUCGACAAAUUCAUUGAGACCUAUCAAGGUAAUGUUGACAAUAAAUUUUGGAACAAGAUCAUGGACAUCAAACAUUGGGGUGGAGGACGUUCAGGAAGUCCGGCUGGCACGAACGUGACCGGAUGGUUUCUUCAUCUUUGCUAUGGAUUACAUGAGCAGAAAAAGUGUGAUAUUCAGCAGAUUAGACUCAAUGCACUUGUUGUACCUGUUAAAGUUGAAAAUGAACUGAUCAAUCAAUCGAAAAUGUGCUACGUAGCUGGUGGUUUUCAUGGAAUUGAAUCACGCGAUGGUCGACAUAAGCCGGUGAUGAGUCUCGCUAUUAUGGAUGACACGACUACUAUCGGACCCUGUACUCGUAAAUGA